GCCUCCACACAGAAACAAAAUGGCGGACAGUAAACGAACCGAUCACACAGCGUCAGACAGUCACCGAGGGGUUGUUGUUGUUGUUGUGCGUGUUUUGUUUACAGCUUGAGGGACAACAGUCGCGCAUUAAGGAAAUAAGGAUACUCGCCUUUUCUUCGUUUUUUUGUUUUUUUUUUUGUUUUUGGUUUUUCUACGAUUAACAUUUCGCCUUUCGGUGAUGUCAUUUCUUAUUCAAUUUAGCCUUGAAAGCCUCGAAGAGCUAGCUCGCUAGGCUAGGUAGGUAGAUAGGUUCUGCAAGAAUUUUUGCACAGAAGCACUUUAUGUCCUAUGUGAUUCCCGAGACAGGAGAAUCAAGAAGGGGAACAGUAGUUCAUGGAAGACAAGAAAAAGAAGAAAGAAGAUAAAAAGAAAAGGGAAGCCUCUCAGAAGGUGCCAGAACAGAAAAUCAAAGUGCCAGAAUCAGCCAAGCCCUCCUGUUCCCAGCCACUCGCCACCCCAGGCUCAGUGUCCCCCAGCCCUGGCCCUGUCGCCCCCUCAUCCCCCAGUCCUGGUGCAGCUGGGGUUUCUGCCCAAGUUCCUCCUGGUGGCGGGAACAAUGCAAAGCAGCGGACUGCUGUGGCCAACGGACAGCCCUCCUCCUCCCCCUCUGGAAGUCAGACCUCGCAGCAGCAGCAGCGAUACAUGUCUAGAGAGGUUCCACCGAGAUUUCGCUGCCAGCAGGACCACAAAGUGCUACUGAAGAGGGGCCAGCCACCACUGUCCUCCAUGCUGCUCGGAGGAGGUGAAGGGGGUGCGGGAGGGGUCGGAGGUGGCAGUGGCUGGGCAGCCGGGCCACCUCUUUCCUCGCAGGGAGCAGAAAACCCCAAUGCAAAUGCAGCUGGAGGCACAGAUUCCAACAUGGGUUCAUCCUCCCCUUCACCCCCCAACUCAUCCUCAUUAUGUGUCGCUGCUCUGUCGUCUUCUUCUACUACUACUACUACUUCAACUUAUGCAAAUUCCACAUGGGGGGCGGGCUCUGGCAGCCAGUCCUCUUCUCAGGGCUGCGGGAAGGUGAUUGUGGACGGGACUGACCUGGAGGACUGGCCCAGCAUCAUAGGUGGGGCCAACAUGAGCUCUGACGGGACUGGCGGAGGGGGACAGGAGCAAGAAUGCCCCGGUAACAACAACAACAGUAGUGCCUCAUGGAGCGAGAGAAACAUCCAGCAGAAGGGAGGAGCACUAGGAGGAGGAGGAGGAGGAGGAGGAGCAGGGAACACGGACAAUCCUUCCCCACCUCGUUCUUCUCCUCUUUCCCCCUCUUCCUCACUUAAUGAAUGUGUUCAGUCAAGCGGUGGUGUGUGGGCCUCUUCCACCUCGUCUCAGGUGGAGGCAGGGCUCGGAUCAGCAGCAUUUUACAAUUCCAAAGUCUCCCAUCUUCUUCCUGGGCCUCAGGAGAGUCCCAUGGGUGGCAGCAGCAACAGCAGCAGCGUCCCUGGUGCCAAUUUCAACCCCAGCGUGAACCCCUCCGCUUGGCCCGCCCUGGUGCAGAGUGGGACACCGACUUCAGCCGGCGACAGCCUUCCUCUACACUCGUCCAUUACUUCAGCUUCCUCAUUCUCUGCCAGCACCACCCUCAUCACCACUCACACUCUCUCAUCUGUGAAUCAAACUGGCCUCCACCAGCAGCACUCUGAAACAGCUGUGGGAGCCAGGAGUGGCGAACAGCAGCAGCAGCACUUAGGAAACCCAGGGCCAGAGCUGGGUUCAGGCGGCGGGGCACGAGAAGCAGGACCAAAUCAGGAGGGUGGCAACGAGGGGGACUGUGGCGUCGCAAGCGAAGGAGAAGGGAGCGGUAAUCUUUCUGGCUCUUCGUCUUCCUCCUCUGCUGCCUCUUCUUCUUGGAGAUCAAUGCCUCCGGUGUCCACUGACCUCGGUCCAGGUGCCUCCCAGGCAGACGGGUGGGGAGGAGGAGGAGGGACUGGAGCUCAGGGGCAGGAAGGGAAUGUUUGGGGCUUUGGUGGCCAGGGUGACAAGGCAGCAUGGGGCAGGGGAAACGGCGGUGGUUCAACUACCCCAGUGGUAUCUCAGGGAGCGUGGGAAGGAAGCAGCUCAGAAGCAGUGUGGGGUGGCACUGCAGGAGGUUCGAGUAAUUUAGCAAUAGGAAGUGGGAAAGGUGUAGACGGGGGCAGUAACGCGAGCAGCGGAGGUAAUGGUGGCAGCAGCGUGGAGGACUCGGCCUCACCAAAGUUUGCAACUAUGACAAAAGCUUGGGACAAUCAGAAAGGGAUAGAAAGUGGGGAGGGUGCGGUUGGGGAGUGGGGUGGAGGAGGAGGAGGAGGAGGAGGAGGACAUGGUGGAGGUACUGGAGGUGGAGGACCGUCGUCCUCCAGUGGAGGAGGAUCCACAGCUGGAAGUGGUGGAGGAGGGAGCGGGAGCGAACAGCAGCAGGAGCGAUCCUCGUCUGCUCGCAACCGCGCCAACCAGACCUCCAACGCUGAAGUGGCCUUACUGAGCAUGCUCAAUCGAUCUGACCUGGACCCCAGGGUUCUGUCCAACACCGGCUGGGGUCAGACCCAGAUCCGGCAGAACGUGGCCUGGGACCUGGACCCCACAAUGGCAGCGGCGAACAGAAACGAAAGAAACAGUUCAUCUUCCUCUGCAUUCUCAUCAGCAACCAUGAACACUAGCGUCAGUCACAGCCCUGGGUACCCGUCUAACACUGGUCCGGUAACUAAUGACACAUCAGCUGGUAGCCACGCGGCCGGCCUCAGCUGUGGUCCCGCUACAGGGAGGGAUGGCUGGGAGGGCGGCGCCACACAGUCUACUGGUGCUCCCCUCAAGCCUAGCAGCACCGUGAGGAAGCCAGGGUCGCCAGACGAAGACAUCGAGGGCAGCCAGGGAAAGGCAGCUGGAGGCUGGGGUGACCCCCCACCUGAAAACAAGGGCAAAGGAUGGGGCACUGACGAACAACAGUGGGGGGAUCACAGAGGAGGAGGAGGAGGAGGAGGAGGUGGAGGAGGGGGAGGAAACUGGAGGGAAUUUGGAGAACAGGGUAGUGGAUGGGCAGAUGGCCCAGAGGAUAAAGGAACAGGAGGGUGGAAGGGCCCAGGAAGAGGGGAGACAAGUGGUUGGGGAGGAGACUGGGGAAAGAGAGACUCUGCACCGGGAGGUGGGUGGGGAGAUGGACGAGGUAGAGGUGGAAGCAACUCCGAAGAGGGAUCUUCCUGGGGUAACCUGGACGAAGGGGGAUCUCAGCGAGGAGGAGGAGGAGGUGGAGGAGGAGGAGGAGGAGGGUGGGGAGGGGGAGAUGUGGGUGGAGGCAAAUCCCACCAGGACUGGGGGAGCGCCAAACCCCACACAGCAGCAGCACAGAUACCAAACAGCCAAGUGGCACCAAUGAAAGCUCCAAAUCAACAGCCGCACCAAUCACAGGGCCAGCAACCACCAGGAGGUCCCAUGCAAGGAGGGUGGAACAGCCGGUCCAACCUUGGAGGUGGAGGUCCACCUUUGAAGAAUCAGAACCAAAGUUCGGGCUGGACCUCCGGCCCAAUCCCCCAGAUCUCCGGGGGCGGGGGUGACUCUCUGGAGCCCAGCGGCUGGGAGGAACCUUCCCCUCAGUCCAUCAGUCGCAAAAUGGAAAUAGACGAUGGCACUUCAGCCUGGGGAGACCCGACUCGCUACAACACCAAGAAUGUGAACUUGUGGGACAAGAACAGUUCUGCGCCGGGCCAGCAGGCCCCGCCGCCGCCACCAAUGCAGCAACAACCCCCUAGACGGCAGCAGGGGAUGCAGCAUGGCGGCAACACAAACUCUGGCAACGGCGCAGCGGGUCCAGGUCCGGGUAUGUGGGGAGGAGGUGCACAAUCUGUGGAUAACGGUACUGCUGCUUGGGGUCAGACGUCGGAGGCAGCCACAGGUUGGGGUGAUCCCGACGAACCCAGCAAAAACUCUGGCUGGGGGAACCCUUCACCGAUCCCUAAUAAACCUGUCCCCAAGUCGAUGGAGAGCUGGGGAGGGAAGGGAGACGGCUCCAUUGCGGCCUCGCGUCACCCGAGCUGGGACGAGGAGGACGACGGCGGCGGCGGCGGAGGUGUCUGGAACAGCGCUGGCUCCCAGGGUAGCGGCUCCUCCUUCAACUCUGGAGGCUGGGGUCAAACUCACGGAGGAAAGAGGGGCAACAUCAAGAGUGGAGGAGGAGACAGCUGGAUGAACCCUGUGUCACGCCAGUUUUCAAACAUGGGUCUUCUGGGCGAUGAUCCAGGUGUGGACAAAAAGAUGGAAGGAGACAAGAGGGGAAUGACUGACUAUAACGGAGACAUGCGGAGAGGUGGCCGAGGCGGAGGAGGUUACCGCAUGCCUGGUUCCAAAGACAUGGGUCCUGUCGACGUGGGGCCCUACGGUGAAAAGAUGGGCGGCCAUGGGGGAGUGUUUGUUGGCAGCGGCGGAGGGAUGCCUCAGCCUCGGGGGAUGCACCAGCCUGGCAUGCAUCCGAUGAACCCCUCCCAGGGGUUACGUGCUCAAGUGCCUCAUCAGUUCCUGUCCGCUCAGGUGCCGGGUCCCAUGCUGAAGCAGAUGCCCUCUCCUGGUGGCAGCGUCGGGGGAGUAGUCGGCGGAGUGGGAGGUGUCGGUGGCGUUGGAAGUGUCGGAGGAGUUGGAGGGGUCGGAGGGGUCGGCGGGGUCGGCGGGGUCGGCGGGGUCGGUGGAGGAGUGUUCCCUCCUCAGAUUUCCCCUCAGCAGCUAGCGAUGCUGAGCAACAUUUACCCCCAUGUGCAGCAGUUCCAUCUGGCCUGUCAACUUGUUAUACAACAACAGCAGCAGCAGCAGCAGCAGCAGCAGCAGCUCCUGCAGAACCAGAGGAAGUUCCCUCAGCAUGUCAGGCAGCAGGCUGACCCGCAGCAGCUGGCGAGGAUUAUGGCUAUUCUGCAGCAGAGGCAGCAGGGUGGCGUCGGAGGAGCAGCGACAGGUGGAGGCAGCUCAAAACUGUCCCCCUCUCACCUGGGGGGAGGCCUCUCCAAACAGGCUAUGGUUGACCCCCUUCCACAUACUGGACUCGGGGGACCACUAUCAGACCUUCAUGCCAAAACGCAAGGGAUGUACUCCGGGCUUACACCCGGGGUGAACCUGUCGGGACUGGAGCUCGGUCCCAUGAUGGGAGGGAUGAAGGACAUGGGAGGGCAGCAGUCCCGCUUCAAAUGGAUGAUGGAGGGACACUCUCCGGCUCCCUCUCCCCCCGACACAGCCCUUCACAAGAACGGCCCUUUACCCAGUAAUAUAAAGGUUAGAGGAGGGUCCCCGUACUCCCAGUAUGACAUGCUGGGCAGUGACGGUUUAGGGAUCCCCCCUCAGGGCUCCGCAGACAACUGGCACCGGACCCCUGGGAGCAAAAUGGGGAACAAACCGGCCACAUCGAGCUGGCCUCCAGAGUUCCAGCCUGGCGUUCCCUGGAAGGGGAUACAGACCAGCGGAGACCCAGAGUCUGAUCCCUACAUGACCCCUGGUAGUGUUCUGGGCUCCCCAGGAUCCCCGAGCCUCAACGACUCCGACCACCAGUUACUGCGAGACAACAUAGGGCCAAACCCCUCCCUCAACACCUCGCUGCCUUCACCUGGUGCCUGGCCCUACAGUGCCUCAGACAGCCACCUCAGCAAUGCACACAGCACAGGAAAGUACUCCGAGUACAAGCCCAGCUGGCCCCCAGAGCCCAUCGGACAAAACAAGUUGUGGAAGACCAAUCGCAACAGCUCGCAGCUGCCACGCCCCCCUCCCGGCCUGACCAAUCAGAAGCAGGCCUCGCCCUCCCCCUGGGGCACCGGAGGUCCACGGUUGGCCCAGAGCUGGGGAGGAGGUGGGAUUAAUCAAGAGUCGAGGUUUGGGCCAGGCUCAGCUUGGAGCGACGGUGUUGCUUCCAGAGGCAGCUGCUGGUUGCUGCUGAGCAACCUGACCCCCCAGAUUGACGGCUCCACGCUGAGGACUAUCUGUAUGCAGCACGGCCCCCUGCUGACCUUCCACCUCGGCCUGACCCAGGGCAGCGCUCUCAUUCGUUACAGCAGCCGGCAGGAAGCAGCCAAGGCCCAGGGUGCACUGCACAUGUGCGUUCUGGGCAACACCACAAUCCUGGCGGAGUUUGUAAGUGAAGAAGAAGUCGCUCGCUAUUUUGCACAUUCCCAGGCUGGAGGGGCGGAGGGGGCGGGCUCAGGCGGAGCGGCAGCUAGCGGAGCGCUAGGCUCGUCUGGAUCGGGCACAGCCGUGGCCAGCAGCGGAGGGAGCUCUCCGGGGAGCGAGCGGGCGGCGGUGGGCACAUCUUCAGGUGGAAACGGCGGCGGUGGAGGAGCGGGAGGAGGAGGAGGUGGAGGAGGAGGAGGAGCGGGGGACGGCGGAGGGACGGGUCUGGCCGGCGUGAGGUCCUCCGGGUCCAGCUGGCAGAACAUCGAGAAUAUGGGCAACCCUUCAGAAACCUCCUCGGCCCAAGGAUCCGGGCUGGGGAUCUUUUCCCAGUGGAGCACCAACGGGGCGGGGGAGGGAGGGGGCGUCGGGGGAGUGGAGUCCGGGAGGUCCGGGCUGUGGGGGGGCAUGACUGCGGGAUACCCCGGCAGCAGCGGCGGCAGCAGCCUGUGGGGGGCGCCGCAAAUGGAGGAGAGGCACCAAAUGGACAGCCCUGCCGGACUGUUGCCCGGCGACCUGCUGGGGGGAGGAGCUGACUCCAUGUGAUGUGAUGCCUCCUCCGCUCGUAGGGUUCUUGGACACACUGAUACAGCAGCAUACACUGGGAAAACAUAUGUACUUACUAUGGCACACACACACACACACAUUUACAUGGUAUGCAUAUUAAUGUACUACACAUACACACACACACACAUAUGCAUAGUAAUGUGCACACACAUAAAGCAGAAAUGUGAGACAUGCUUACACACAUUCUCGUGGCCAGACUUAAGCUAUUAUAUAAACAAAUGCAGGGACUGUUAGAUGUGUACACAGCCUUUUUUUCCACAGAUGAAGAUUUCAACUGCUUAGACUUGAAAACCUGAAAAAAAAAAAAAGAAUGAAAAAGUCAGUUGGUCUGAAAGACUUGACUGGAUCGCAAUGUGCUUAGUAAAUAGGGGGACUACCUUUUUUUUUUUUUUUUUUUUUGUCUUUCUUUUUUGGACAGAUUUACAUACACAUGCACACACCAAAUACAGAGAAGCCUUCAGACAGAUAGGCACUGUAAACAGCAUUACCUUCAUUGUAUAAGAGAACUUAAAAACUACUACAUGAUGUGAGGUUUGAAAGUGCAAGUUUGUAUUCACAUCCCCUUAAAGAUGGAGUCCAAACACAUGCAAACAGCUCUGAUCGACAACAGAACUGUAUCUUACUGUGUAUGUUAAGUUUUUGUUUGUUUUUCUGUUUGUUUGUACGUAUUUGGUUUUAAUUUUUUUUUCGUUUUGAACAGUGAAAAUAUUGAAAAUUGUCAUUGUUCUGUUUUCAAAGAUGCUGACCUCCUACUGUUGUAUCUCACGCACUCUUUUUUCUCUGUUGUUCUCUCUCUCUUGAACAUGUUUGUUACUGUUGCAGUGAUAAAUGUUAAAUUGCUGAGGCUAUGA